AUGUCAAACAACGUGCUGAACCAGGAUUUCGGCUCCGAUGAGGAGGACGACGACUUCAACCCAGCCCCAGCUGUCGACUCGGACGAGGAAGGCGUCAGACCCGAUCGCAGACGAGGUCGGGAGGUCGAGGUGGAUGAAGAUGCUGAGGAUGACAAUGAAGGAGCUGAAGGCGAAGGAAGAGGCGAUGAAGAUGAAGGAGACGAGGAUGAGGCGGAAGACGAAGAGGAUGAAGAGGAGGACGAGGAUGAAGAAGAUGAUGAUGAUGAAGAUGCUGUUUCAGGCCGACCUAAAAAGCGCAGGAGACGAGGCGGUGUCAAUGCUUUUAUUGAAGAAGAAGCUGGCGUUGAUGACGACGAUGAAGAAGCAGAGGAUGAAGAAGAUGACAUGGGCGAUGUAUUUGGCGCCGAAGCCCAUCCCGACGAUCUCGAUGCGCUCCCCCUCGGCGCUGAGCUAGACGACCGCAGACACAGACAACUCGAUCGCCAACGCGAGCUUGAAGCUCAUAUGGACGCUGAGAAGCAGGCAGCUGCACUCAAAGAACGAUAUGGGCGCAACCGUAUGGCCGCCACAGACUCGGUCGUUGUUCCCAAGAGAUUGCUUCUUCCCAGUGUCGACGAUCCAAGUAUCUGGGGUGUUCGCUGCAAGCCGGGAAAAGAGAGAGAUGUGGUGCUCAAUAUUCAGAAGCGUAUCGAACAGCGACCUCCCGGUACCCGUCAUGGAUUGAAGAUUAUAUCAGCCUUUGAGCGUGGAAAGACAAUGACUGGUUACGUCUACAUUGAAGCGAGAAGACAGGCCGAGGUCAUGGAAGCUCUCGACGGUCUUCUCGAUGUCUAUCCUAAGACCAAGAUGGUCUUGGUACCGGUCAAGGAGAUGCCUGAUCUUCUACGAGUCAAGAAGUCCGAAGAGCUCAACCCCGGUGACUGGGUGCGAAUCAAGCGUGGAAAAUACCAAGGCGAUCUUGCUCAAAUUGAAGAAGUCGAAACAAACGGUUUGGAAGUCACUGUUCGCCUGGUUCCUCGUCUCGACUACGGAUUGAAUGAAGACCUUUCUGCACCUGCCGAUGUGAAGAGAAAGAGAUUCGGCGCCGCAAACAACACAGCCGCUCGACCACCUCAACGUCUGUUUAGUGAGGCAGAAGCCAGUAAGAAGCAUGGCAGACAUCUAGUAGGAACAUCCAAUUUGAGCGGAAAGUCUUGGAAUUACAUGGGCGACACCUACGUCGAUGGCUUCUUAGUCAAGGAGAUGAAGAUUCAGCAUUUGAUCACGACAAACGUCAACCCUCGCCUAGAGGAAGUCACCAUGUUUGCUCGGGGCUCUGAGGACGGUACUGCAAAUAUCGACCUGGCAUCAUUGGCCAACACGCUCAAGAACACCGUUGCAGAGGAUGCUUACCGACCUGGAGAUCAAGUCGAAGUGUACAAAGGUGAACAACAAGGCAUAAUCGGAAAAACGGUCGCGACCAGAGGCGAUAUUAUCACGUUGGAGGUCACAGAAGGUGACAUGAAGGGACAAGUAAUAGAUGCGCCGAUCAAAACCCUACGAAAGCGAUUCCGUGAAGGUGACCAUGUCAAAGUCAUUGGCGGUAGCCGUUAUCAGGAUGAACUUGGUAUGGUGGUUCAGGUCAAGGGUGAUAGUGUUACCAUACUCAGUGAUAUGAGUAUGGAAGAAAUCACUGUUUUCAGCAAGGACUUGCGGCUUUCGACCGAGUCUGGUGUUGAUGGCAAGCUUGGAACGUUUGACGUGCAUGACCUUGUUCAGCUUGAUGCUACUACCGUUGCUUGCAUUAUCCAAGUUGAUCGCGAGUCACUGCGUGUCAUAGAUCAGAAUGGCUCUGUCAGAAACGUUCUACCGUCGCGAAUAGCAUCCAAAAUCGCCAAGCGCAAAGACGCUGUUGCGACAGACCGCAACGGUGCGGAGAUUCGGCAUGGAGAUACAGUGCGCGAGAUGUAUGGAGAACAGCGCAGUGGCGUCAUCAUGCAUAUUCACAGAUCUUUCCUCUUCUUGCAUAACAAGGCGCAGGCCGAGAACACGGGUGUUAUUGUGGUUCGUACUUCGAAUGUUGUUACGGUGUCCGCAAAGGGAGGCCGUGCUACAGGUCCGGAUUUGUCACGCAUGAACCCUGCUAUCAUGCAACGCCCACCUCAAGGAGGAGCCAUGCCGCCUCCACGUGCUGGCCGAGACCGGCUUAUUGGAAAGACUGUCGGUAUCACGAAAGGCAGUUACAAGGGUCUAAUCGGUAUUGUUCGAGAGACUACGGAGGACCUAGUACGUGUUGAGCUACAUACUAAAGGAACGAAAGUCAUGGUUCCUCGGACCGGUGUUGUUGUCAAGGAUCCUAUUACCGGUCAAACUAUCGACAUGGGUCGUGGAGGUCGACCCCGUGUGCCUGGAGGCCCUGGAGGACCACCACAACCAAAUUGGGCUGGCUCGCGAACACCUAUGGCCUCGCUGGAUUCGAGGACUCCGGCAUGGGGUGGAUCACUGUCUUCACGAACUCCUGCUUGGGGAGGCUCCGCGGCCAGUGGCUCACGCACACCAGCCUGGAAAGCCGACGGUUCUCGCACAGCUUACGGCGGCGCAAUGGGAGGAGGACGCACCCCAGCCUGGAACAGCGGUGCCCGGACACCCUAUGACUCAGGUAGCGGUGGUAGCGGCGGCGGCUUCGACGCCUUCGCAGCCGGAUCUCGUACCCCAGCCUGGGGCGCUGCAACAGGCAGUCGCACACCCGCUUGGACCGCCAACAGCAACUCCGCACCUUCUGCUGCAGCCAACACCGGACGGUACGAUGCACCAACCCCCGGAGGCGACUACUCAGCACCCACACCCGGCGCAUAUCCCACAGCUCCUACACCAGGCGCUUCAGGCACAGCUUCCACUCCUCGCUGGGCCGAAAGCGCACCGACACCCGGAGCUCUCAAUGCGCCUACACCAGGCGCCGGAGGUGGUGGCGGUGGCCUUACUGUCGGUGGACGAUUACCCUAUGACGCUCCAACACCAGCAAUGGCUGCCACACCCGGUGCGAUGGGGGAUGAUAAUCCGACAUAUUUGGAUGAUUCGGAGUAG